ACCGGUUCAGUACAUAAUUUUGGGUCGGCAAAAUCCAAAACAAAACCAAACCGAAUCGAACUGCUCCAGAAGCAAGCGGCGUGUCAUGGAUUCAUCGCCACGGAACACUAUGACCACCACAGCGCCGCGUUUCUCUGAACUCAAACCUCCGCUCUCCGAAGAUAUCAUCGAGGCGCUUGACCGGUCCGGUUUCGAGUUCUGCACUCCGGUUCAGGCCAAGACGAUCCCUUUACUCUGCAGCCACAAGGAUGUCGCCGUCGACGCAGCCACUGGUUCUGGAAAAACCCUAGCUUUCCUCCUUCCCCUCGUAGAGAUUCUCCGUCGAUCCACCUCCUACCCUCCCAAGCCACACCAUGUUAUGGGGGUGAUUAUAUCGCCAACGAGAGAGCUAUCAGCGCAGAUACAUAAGGUGGCACAGCCGUUUGUCUCGACUUUGCCAAAUGUGAACUCUGUUCUGCUUGUUGGAGGUCGAGAGGUGGAAGCUGACAUGAAUACUAUCGAAGAAGAAGGAGGCAAUAUCUUGAUCGGCACGCCUGGAAGGCUUUCAGAUAUAAUGAAACGAAUGGAGUUUCUGGAUUACCGAAAUCUUGAGAUUCUUGUUUUAGAUGAGGCCGAUAGGCUUUUGGGGAUUGGUUUCCAGAAGCAGGUCAAUUACAUUAUAUCUCGCUUGCCAAAGCAACGUAGGACUGGCCUCUUUUCAGCUACACAAACACAAGCUGUUAAAGAGCUGGCCAAGGCUGGCCUUAGGAACGCUGAGAAAGUUAUAUUGCGACCUGAGUCAAAAUCGAAAACGCCUUCUGGUCUGUAUAGUGAGUAUAUGAAAUGCGAAGCAGAUAAAAAGUCAUCACAACUAGUGGAUCUCCUCAUCGAGAACAAAAAUAAAAAGCUUCUCGUAUUCUUUAUGACCUGUGCUUCUGUUGAUUACUGGGGACUCGUACUUUCAAAAAUUCCUACCCUCAAGUCCAUUUCCUUCUUUCCUAUCCAUGGGAAGAUGGAUCAGAAAGCUAGAAACAAGGCAUUAGCUUCGUUUACAGAGGCAUCAAGCGGUGUCCUUCUAUGCACAGAUGUCGCUGCACGUGGACUUGACAUUCCAGGCAUCGAUUACGUUGUUCAGUAUGAUCCCCCACAAGACCCAAAUGUAUUUAUCCAUAGGGUUGGCAGGACUGCAAGACUGGAAAGAGAAGGAAGGUCCAUUGUGUUUUUAAUGCCCAAGGAGAAAGACUAUGUAGAGUUUAUGCGCAUAAAAAAAGUCCCUCUUCAGAAAAGAAAAUGCUCUGAGAACGCUUCCGAUGUCAUCCCGAUUAUACGUUCACUAGCCAUGAAGGACCGGGAAGUGUUGGAGAAGGGAUUAAAGGCAUUUGUUUCCUUUGUCCGUGCUUAUAAGGAGCAUCACUGCUCUUUCAUUUUCAGUUGGAAAGGACUUGAAAUCGGAAAGUUAGCCAUGGGAUAUGGCAUCUUGUCUUUUCCUUCAAUAUCUGAAGUUAUACAAGACAGAAUUAACAUUGUCGGUUUUACACCUGUCGAAGGCAUCACGUUUGAGGACAUAAAAUUCAAGAACAAAUCUCGGGAGAAACAAAGACAGCAAAACUUACUAGCAAGGAAAGAAAAACUGCAACAAGAAAAGAGAGAGAAAGGCAAGAAAAGAGAGAGAAAGGCGGUUGAUGAUUCUAACAAAGCGUCGAGAAAGAGAAAGUUAACGAAGAGGCAAAGACAAACUAUCCAAACAGCUCAAGAUGAAGAAAAAAUGAAUGAAGAUUAUGGGUUACUGCAAAAACUGAAGAAAGGUGAUUUAGCGAAGAUGAUGGUCGAAGAUCUUGGUGUGGAAGCGAAGGAAGCGGCUGUGCGAGAGGUGGCGAAGCUCUUACCAUUACCUGAACUUUUGCAAUCUAUUUCUUCAAUCAAGGCCGAUUACAUCGCUCGUCAACAGGCGAAUGAUGCACAGCUCAGUACCAUGGUUGCUGAGCAGGUUGAACAAGCACAAGCUGGGUUAGAGUCGCUUUCUUCAUCUGAGAAAACCAUUUAUGAACUGCGGGAUAAUUUCAUUUCCAUCGAUAAGCUUUGUCAGGAAUGUCAAACUUUGAUUGACAAUCAUGACCAAAUAAAGCUGCUGAGUAAUGCCAGGAAUAAUCUAAACAAAACUCUAAAGGAUGUAGAAGGUAUGAUGUCAAUUUCUGUUGAAGCUGCUGCGGCUCGGGAGUCUCUGAGUGAUGAUAAAGAAAUUGUUAACACUUACGAGAGAUUAACAGCACUUGAUGGUAAACGAAGAUUUGCGUUAGCAGCUGCUGGAGAGGAGGUUGGGAGGCUGAGGGAGUAUUUUGAAGAUGUUGAUAGAACAUGGGAAACAUUCGAGAAGACACUAUGGGGUCAUGUUUCCAACUAUUACAAACUUUCUAAAGAAAGUCCGCAAACGCUGGUUCGUGCUUUGAGGGUUGUUGAAAUGCAAGAAAUUCUUGACCAACAACUUGCUGAAGAAGCAGCAGAGGCUGAGGGAGAAGGUGCGAUGGCAUCUGUAGCAAAUCCUCGAAGGCCUGGCAAGAAAUCUACUACAACGUCAGCUUCAUCAAAGGGUCUUGCUCAACAGAAGUUAAAAGUUCAAGGGAAAGGCUACAAGGACAAAUGCUACGAGCAAAUUCGAAAGGCAGUUGAAGAUCGAUUCAACAGGCUUCUGACGCUUGUCUUUGAAGAUCUAAAAGCAGCUUUGGAGGAAGCUAGAAUGAUUGGAGAGGAACUUGGAGAUAUUUAUGACUAUGUGGCUCCUUGUUUUCCUCCGAGAUAUGAGAUAUUUCAGCUUAUGGUGAACCUGUAUACCGAGAGAUUCAUACAAAUGCUCAGAUUGCUCAGUGACAGAGCAAACGAUCUGACAAAUAUAGAGAUUUUAAAGGUGACUGGUUGGGUGGUAGAGUACCAAGAAAACUUGAUUGCACUUGGUGUUGAUGAUUCACUAGCUCAAGUGUGUUCUGAGAGUGGUUCAAUGGAUCCUCUAAUGAAUGCAUAUGUUGAAAGAAUGCAAGCUACAACGAAGAAAUGGUACAUGAAUAUCCUUGAGGCGGAUAAGGUGCAACCACCUAAAAAAACAGAGGAAGGAAAAUUAUAUACACCGGCUGCUGUAGAUUUAUUCAGAAUACUUGGAGAGCAAGUGCAAAUUGUCAGAGAUAACAGCACCGAUGUUAUGUUGUACAGGAUUGCUUUAGCUAUUAUUCAGGUUAUGAUUGAUUUCCAAGCAGCUGAAAAGAAGAGAGUUGAUGAACCUGCUUCUGAUAUUGGUCUGGAACCUCUAUGCGCUAUGAUAAACAACAACCUUCGCUGCUAUGACCUUGCCAUGGAGUUGAGUAAUAGCACUUUAGAAGCUCUUCCACAGAAUUAUGCGGAGCAGGUGAAUUUUGAAGACACUUGCAAAGGUUUCUUGGAAGUGGCUAAGGAAGCAGUGCAUCAAACAGUUCGCGUUAUCUUUGAGGAUCCAGGAGUUCAGGAAUUACUUGUCAAGCUUUACCAGAAAGAAUGGUGCGAGGGACAGGUUACCGAGUACCUCGUGGCAACUUUUGGUGAUUAUUUCACAGAUGUGAAAAUGUAUGUCGAAGAAAGAUCAUUUAGAAGAUUUGUCGAAGCUUGUUUGGAAGAAACAGUCGUUGUUUAUGUUGAUCAUCUCCUAACGCAGAAAAACUACAUCAAGGAAGAAACUAUUGAACGUAUGAGGCUAGAUGAAGAGGUUCUCAUGGAUUUCUUUAGGGAGUAUAUAAGUGCAUCUAAAGUGGAGAGCAGAAUCAGAAUAAUGAGCGAUCUGAGAGAACUUGCAUCUGCAGAGAGUCUAGAUGCAUUUACACUCGUGUACUCGAACAUUCUUGAGCACCAGCCUGACUGCCCGGCCGAGGUCGUAGAGAAGCUUGUUAGUCUGCGUGAAGGCAUACCACGGAAGGACACAAAAGAGGUGGUACAAGAGUGCAAAGAGAUAUAUGAGAACACUCUGGUAGAUGGUAAUCCUCCAAAGACAGGAUUUUUUCGUCGUCUCCUCCCCUUGGCCUUUCCUCCUUUCUAUGGUGGUUCCGAUGUGGUGACUAUCUUGGAGGAUGGGUGGUGUAUUGGUGAUCUUCGUAGACGGAUCUGUUCCCCGGUGGAACCGUCUCGUUUUCUCCGAUCUGGUUAUGGAGGCGUGUAUUUAGCCGGCGUAUCGUUUCCAUGGCUUGGUUAUGAUCAUCCCUUCGGUGCUGCAGCAACGGCCUCUUUGUUUGCGGAUUCUUCCUCUGUUUUUUCGUUGAUCUUACUUUCGAAUCAUUCACUGUGGCUUGCUUCUGCUAAUUUGGAAGGUGAUGCUUUGCAUACUUUGAGGGUCACUCUAGUUGAUCCGAACAAUGUCUUGCAGAGCUGGGAUCCUACGCUUGUGAAUCCUUGUACAUGGUUCCAUGUCACUUGCAACAACGAGAACAGUGUCAUUAGAGUUGAUUUAGGAAAUGCAGAGUUGUCUGGCCAUUUAGUUCCGGAGCUUGGUGUGCUCAAGAAUUUGCAGUACUUGGAGCUUUACAGUAACAAUAUAACUGGCCCAAUUCCUAGUAAUCUUGGAAAUCUGACAAACUUAGUGAGCUUGGAUCUCUACUUAAACAGCUUCACUGGUCCUAUCCCUGAAUCAUUGGGAAAGCUUUCAAAGCUGAGGUUUCUCCGGCUUAACAACAACAGUCUCACUGGGUCAAUUCCCAUGGCACUGACCAAUAUCACUACCCUUCAAGUGUUAGAUCUAUCAAAUAACCGACUCUCUGGUUCAGUUCCUGACAAUGGCUCCUUCUCACUCUUCACACCCAUCAGUUUUGCUAAUAACUUAGACCUAUGUGGACCUGUUACAAGUCACCCAUGUCCUGGAUCUCCCCCGUUUUCUCCUCCACCACCUUUUAUUCCACCUCCACCAGUUUCCACCCCGAGUGGAUAUGGUAUAACUGGAGCAAUAGCUGGUGGAGUUGCUGCAGGUGCUGCUUUGCUGUUUGCUGCUCCUGCAAUAGCCUUUGCUUGGUGGCGGCGAAGAAAGCCACUAGAUAUUUUCUUCGAUGUGCCUGCCGAAGAAGAUCCAGAGGUUCACCUGGGACAGCUCAAGAGGUUUUCUUUACGGGAGCUACAAGUGGCGAGUGAUGGAUUUAGUAACAAGAAUAUUUUGGGUAGAGGCGGGUUCGGGAAAGUCUACAAGGGACGUUUGGCAGACGGAACCCUUGUUGCUGUCAAGAGACUGAAGGAAGAGCGAACUCCAGGUGGAGAGCUCCAGUUUCAGACAGAAGUAGAGAUGAUAAGUAUGGCAGUUCAUCGAAACCUGUUGAGAUUACGAGGAUUCUGUAUGACACCGACCGAGAGAUUGCUCGUGUAUCCUUACAUGGCCAACGGAAGCGUUGCGUCGUGUCUCAGAGAGAGGCCACCGUCACAGCCUCCGCUCGAUUGGCCAACGCGGAAGAGAAUCGCGCUAGGCUCAGCUCGUGGUUUGUCUUACCUACACGAUCACUGCGAUCCGAAGAUCAUUCACCGUGACGUAAAAGCAGCAAACAUCCUCUUAGACGAAGAAUUCGAAGCGGUUGUUGGAGAUUUCGGGUUGGCGAAGCUAAUGGACUACAAAGACACUCACGUGACAACAGCCGUCCGUGGCACAAUCGGUCACAUCGCUCCAGAAUAUCUCUCAACCGGAAAAUCUUCAGAGAAAACCGACGUAUUCGGAUACGGAAUCAUGCUUCUAGAACUAAUCACAGGACAAAGAGCUUUCGAUCUCGCUCGGCUAGCUAACGACGACGACGUCAUGUUGCUUGACUGGGUGAAAGGAUUGUUGAAAGAGAAGAAGCUAGAGAUGUUAGUAGAUCCAGAUCUUCAGACAAACUACGAGGAGAGAGAACUGGAACAAGUGAUACAAGUGGCGUUGCUUUGCACGCAAGGAUCACCAAUGGAGAGACCAAAGAUGUCUGAAGUUGUAAGGAUGCUUGAAGGAGAUGGGCUUGCGGAGAGAUGGGACGAAUGGCAAAAAGUUGAGAUAUUGAGGGAAGAGAUUGAUUUGAGUCCUAAUCCUAACUCUGAUUGGAUUCUUGAUUCUACUUACAAUUUGCACGCUGUUGAGUUAUCUGAGAUGAAUAAUCUAGCGAUGGAAGAAGAGGAUGAAGGAGAGAUUUUUCUUGGUGAAUCCGAUGUCCUCCGUGAAAUCGAUGUCGACGAAGAAGAUCUUCCUGAAGCAGAUGAUGAUGAUAUGGACGAUGAUGCUGAAGAAUUUGAUGAAAACGAUGACUCUGUUCACACAUUCACUGGUCACAAAGGUGAGCUUUAUGCAUUGGCUUGUAGCCCAACAGAUGCUACGCUUGUUGCAACUGGAGGUGGAGAUGAUAAAGCCUUUCUCUGGAAAAUUGGUAAUGGAGAUUGGGCUGCUGAGCUUCCUGGUCACAAGGACUCUGUUUCUUGUUUAGCUUUUAGCUUUGAUGGACAGUUACUUGCAUCUGGUGGAUUAGAUGGUGUUGUUCAGAUCUUUGAUGCAUCAUCAGGGAAUUUGAAAUGUGUUUUCGAUGGUCCUGGUGCUGGAAUCGAGUGGGUGAGAUGGCAUCCGAGAGGACACAUUGUGUUGGCUGGAUCAGAAGAUUGUUCUCUAUGGAUGUGGAAUGCUGAUAAAGAAGCUUAUCUUAAUAUGUUUUCAGGCCAUAAUCUAAAUGUCACUUGCGGUGACUUUACCCCUGACGGUAAACUAAUUUGUACUGGCUCUGAUGAUGCAAGUUUGAUAGUGUGGAACCCAAAAACUUGUGAAAGCAUUCAUGUUGUUAAAGGUCAUCCUUAUCAUACGGAAGGGUUGACAUGCUUAGAUAUUAACUCGAACUCAAGUCUCGCUAUCAGUGGCUCGAAAGACGGUUCUGUUCACAUUGUGAAUAUAGUCACCGGAAAGGUUGUGAGCUCUUUGACUUCUCAUACAGAUUCAGUUGAGUGUGUGAAGUUUUCACCAAGCUCUGCAACCAUCCCGUUGGCUGCAACAGGUGGAAUGGACAAGAAGCUUAUAAUCUGGGAUCUGCAGCAUUCCACUCCCAGAUUCAUCUGCGACCAUGCGGAAGGUGUGACAUCCCUGACUUGGAUAGGAACCUCCAAGUACUUAGCCACUGGCUGCGCCGAUGGUACAGUGAGCGUUUGGGACAGCUUAUUAGGCAACUGCAUCCAUACCUACCAUGGUCACCAAGAUGCGGUCCAGGCCAUCUCAGUCUCUACCAACGCGGACUUCAUUGUUUCAGUCUCUGUUGAUAACACUGCUCGAGUCUAUGAGACAUCCGAGUUCCAAAACAAAGUGGCAUAGGCAAGUGAGAAGAAUACUUACAGAUACUGUCUAGACAUGUAUUGCUAUCUGUGUUCGUUGUUUUGUUCUUCUUAAUUCUAUGCUUUGCGAGGAAAUUUUGUGUCAAAAAAGUUAUCUCUGUCUAAAUUCGAUAUGUACACGGCAUAGGUUAUUGAAUAUUGAUAAGUGAAGUCUUUAUUUGGAAUGUGUCUCCUUCAUUUUACAAUUCUUAUGGUUCAAAUGAGAUUGAUAAGUGUUACUCAUUACAUCGAUAUUAAUGAACGAGAUUCAGUAUU